AUGUUGCCCAAAUUCUUGCAAAGCAGCUACACUCGCUACAAAGAUGACACCAACAGUUUUGCAACCUGGCUCCUUCAGGCAGCCGGCAAAUGUGGCUACCAACCGCCCAGCCUCACUUCUACCGCGUCCACCUUAAACAAGGGCAAAAGCAAGAGCAAAAAUAAGGCGGCGAAUCACUCAGAUCCAGUCCAGUACACCACGACUAUCAAGGAUCUUCAACUGUUGGCUGAUGUUGUAGCCAAGUCUGCUCUCACUGUGCCUAAGCCAGUUCUCAUCAUCGCCAAACGAGCGAUCAAAUUGAGGAAACAUGUCACUUCUUGGUUUUUGGGGCAAGGUGACUCCCAGAAUAACAAGAGACACGCUCAUUUUAUCUCUGCGCUGGAAAAGGUUUGUGAGACCCUCGAAUGGAGGAUGAAUAACUCUUCCAAGCCAGAUAGCGAGAAACCUUCUCCAACCUCUGAGGCCGGAGGUGGCGAUGCCGACCUCGACAUGUUCCUCAAUAAAUUUGCUGUACUCACCGUCGAGGAACCGCAAGAGCCUCAACAAGAACAGCGGAAAACCCCCGAAUCGAAGCAGGUUGUGAAGGUGGAGCUGGUUGAGAACGACGAGGAUGAGGCAACGGAUUCAUAUUUCGGCCUCAUAUUCUUCAAGACAUACUGCUUGUUCCAGGAUUUAUACAACAUGCGGGCAUUUAUCUCUCAUACCUGGUCAGAAUACCGAGACAAGAAAAUCGAUCUUAUGAACGCUGCUGUCGUGACUGAUAGUGCUUUGCAACUUGCACGGGAUCUUGUGCAGGAGGUGGCGGACGACUGGAGCACUUCCAUCCCCUCGCCUGUUGGUGACCUCCAGAAACUGGUCUUCAAUAUCGCCUGUAUGACAAGGGGCAUUGAUGCGACCCCAUCUGCUGAAAUCGGUCUGCCAUACAAUAAAUACAUGUCCGAUGUGGCCGAGUGGUGCUAUUUGCCAACAUCGAUCUUACUGGAAUCGUUCGCAGAUGUUCUGCAGGAUGAUCAUCUGCCGGUCUUCAAGAAAGGCUAUUUCGGUACUUACGAUGUCAAGGCGAACAGAGAGAGGAUGCCUGUGGGUCAGAAAUUCAACGAAGACAAAAUCAUUCUUCUUCAGCUGCUGCCAGAGUUCUGCUUGAUUGAUAAAUCUGGUAUUCGUAUGCUUACACCCGAUGCGAUUACUACAGGCCUUCUUGAAUUUUGCAAGACCAAAGAGGUUACUCCAUGGCUUUGCUUCGCUUCCCAGGUCCUCCUUGACGUUCAUCAUAUCAUGCGUCACAGCACUUUAGGUGCAUUUGAAGAUCUUCGGAUAUCUGGACUGCGCAUUCAAAAAACCAUUGAUGACUACUUGAAGGUUUCCAAAUCACACCCGCAGCCCCAAUUCUGGCCUAAGGAGGGUGAUGACGAAAUCAAAGCUAUCCGCUUCGCAGUGGAUUCAUGGAUUAUGCAGGAUCCCUUCUCAGAACUGAGACGUCUUUCGAUGCCAGGCAAUAAUGCACCAGAAAACCAUGUGCUUUUCUCCCAGCAUGCCAUCCUUUGUGGCCUGAGCUUGUUUCAUCUCAACACCCGGAUGCAGUCUGUUGGCCAACAGCUCGUGACUCAAUGGUAUGAUGUCCAGCAACUGGCUUUCUUGUACAAUCUUGCAAAGACCGAAUCCCAUAAGAACUUGAGUUGGCCUGAUAUGGAGACUUUCAUUAAGAUUCACGGCGAGUCUCAUAUAUUCAUUGGUUCUCGGCCAAAGAAUGCUAGCGAGUCUUUGAAUAGGCUUGAAUUGGCCACAGGCAUAUCCUCCGCUGCCAGGUUUGCUCGCGAUUCCCGCAACAGAGAAGAUUUCCAUCGCCCUGAUGGGAAGAAUCCCAGAGUAUUGACGCCAACAACUACGAUCGCGAACUUGUUCCGGGACCAGUAUGUCCCUGGUUUUAGGCAGGAUGGCGGCAUUAGAAACAUUGACAAUGUUCUGGAUACGCUUUCGCAUGAACCGUCUCUCAAGGUGCCCAGCAAGGAGCUUCAGCCAUCCAAUCCGCAAGUCAUGUUCCAACGGAAGUGGUCCAAUACCCGCAACAUCGGCACCCUGCAACUUCUCGCCCUUUUGAAGAGCAGGUUGUUCGACGAGGAGCCUGUACUGCUGUUCAACUACUUCGGCAUGCACAAGCGCUCCCUAGAGCUGCUGAGGCUGAUCAAAGCGAAAGAGCACCGCAAGUUUGUCCAAUAUUUCACGGCUGCGUAUAUGCCUGACGAAUCUCUCAUCUCAAACAUUGUAAUUUUGAUCCAUCACGUUGCGCGAGGCUCGGCACAAGGUGCGCGUGCAAUGGGACUCUCCGUCAACACUGGCAGUCGAAUUGUUAUGAGCUGUGGCGAUGUCAUGCAGGAGUAUCUGCGGAAGAAUGGAGAUGUGGCAUGCAAAGAGCUGAGGGUUUUCUGCAAGAACAAAAGGCCAAUCCAGGAUGAGAUUGAUUGCGAUAAGGGCAGGUCUGAAGAGUUUUCCUAUUGGUUUGGCAUUGAAGAGGCUUUGGAACCAAAGGUUCUCGCCUCGCUCAUGACUGGGAUCCCAAUAGCUUAG